AUGUCCCACAACCACCCUCGUAAUUAGUAUGGAAGCCCGUGAGUUCAGACCUAACACCUUCGCAUACCCGCGCUGUUGCUACUAGUCUUAAAGGAGACGCUUCCCAAACACUCCUGGCAUCGGCCAAAGAAAUUUGAGGUUUGCUAUAGCUUUAAGAAGUAUAUUAUGCUGGAUGUCUGUAAAAAAAAAUGUUAUUAUUCAUACAACGCAACUUUUUAUCUUAAUAAGUUAGUUAAUGAAAUGCUUUCGUAGGACUGAAAAUUCACUCUUGACCAAGCUAACAAAACUGGUCUCACUGGGGCCUUCAGCGGUCUUCAUACAUUUUCAAAUGUUCAUUACCAAUUAAUACCCACAGUUAGUAAGGGUCAGAACAGUUUGACAGGAGCGACAUGGACUCGGGUGAACAUGGGGUUUCGGGUAGUGGUCCUGGGACAGGGGGAACCGGAGACCGAACGGAGGCCGUACAACCAUCCCCGGACUCGCCUGAACCGUCCAACGGCAGAAGGGAGAGCAAGAGACGGAUAAAAGCCGCAGUGACCUCCCUGGACUCCGGUGACUCUCGGUCAGAUACCGGGGGUCCUGUGCGUGUUUUGCGAGCCAGGGGGCCUGCAGCUGGCAGGACUGAUGAGUCCAAGAGUGUAACUUGCCAGAAAAAAACUGAAAGUCUGCAUCGUGGACGAGGAAGACCUGCAGGAGCUCGCUCCAAAAGCGCACCUGUCGUACAUACCACCGAGAAGAAAUCCACAUCCAAAAAAGCUUCCAAAAGCACUCUGGGACCAAAGCUGUCCAGGUCUAGAAAGGGCAAUCAGAGACCUCCGACCAGAGCCCCACGCACCACAGCAGCAGCAGCAACAGCAUGCAAGCCUGAAGCAGAGGUAGAGCCUUCAUCAUGUGGAGAGGAGACCGGCGCUUUGAAUGGUAGUGACAGCGUUGCAGAUCCAGAUGCGGUUCUCAAUGAGGACUCGCCGUUGAGAGAUGAUGACAUGACAGAUGAUGUAAUCUGCCAGCCUGAAACGAAGACUGAAAAAUCAAGGCGACAAGCAUUGUUACAACAAGAGGAGGUCAAGAAAGAGGAGUCCGAUAAGGACGAAGAAGAAAAUGACAUUAAGAUGGAGGAAUCACCUGAGGUCACUCUGCAAAGUGAAGAUGAAGUGGAAGAUAACACAGAGCCACCAAGGAAGCGAGGUAGACAGCAAAAAGAUGACAAAACACCUCGACCGCCUAAACGAAGGAAGAAGCCGCCAGUGCAGUAUGUCCGCUGUGAAAUCGAGGGCUGUGGUACCGUUUUAGCUCACCCACGCUACCUACAGCACCAUAUAAAAUACCAACACUUGCUGAAAAAGAAGUAUGUGUGUGAUCACCCCUCGUGUGGGCGAUUGUUUCGUCUGCAGAAGCAGCUUUUGCGCCACGCUAAGCACCACACAGAUCAAAGGGACUACAUCUGUGAGUUUUGUGCCCGUGCUUUCAAGAGCUCCCACAACCUGGCGGUGCAUAGGAUGAUCCACACAGGAGAGAAGCCAAUACAGUGUGAAAUCUGUGGCUUCACUUGCCGUCAGAAGGCCUCCUUGAACUGGCACAUGAAGAAGCAUGAUGCAGAAGCCUCCUACCAGUUCUCUUGCUCCAUUUGCAACAGAAAGUUUGAGAAAAAGGACUCUGUUGUUGCCCACAAAGCUAAAAGCCACCCUGAGGUGUUAAUAGCUGAAGCCAUGGCAGCUAAUGGGGGCUCAGUAAUAAACUGUCCCACCUCAAUCCCAGAGACAGUCUCAGAGACUGUGCCAGAGACUCUUCCAGAGAACAUCUCAGAGGCUGUCUCAGAGACCGUCUCCGAGACUGUCCCGGUGCUCACCUCAGCUGACCAGCCCUCUAUCAGCCAGGACACUCAGAAAGCGAUGAGUAGCACUCUCACUCCAUUGCAGCAGGUGGUGCUCCCGCUCGCUCCACAGACUCAGAUUAAUGUAUCUCAGGGCCAGUUCCUCCAACUGCCCACGCAUCACGUGGUGCGGGUGGCGCAUGAGCAGCAAACCCCCACCUUGCUCCAUCUCACCACCUCUCCUCCCGCUCACCUCUCCAACACCAGCCACCCGCAGCUCAUCCAGCUCUCCACCUUUCCUGCCAACACUGUCACACCCAUGGCCUCGGCAUACCCCCAGAGCACCCUCCUCACCCUGAGCUCCGUCACCACCCUGGCCUCCACAGCCAACCUGGGUCCUCAGCAGGCCGUGCAGUGGGGGAGGGAAAAUGAUGAUGUACAGUUGCCCGGAGAGGGCGAGCUGUGGGACAGGGUGGUGGUCGGCGACAGUCAUCAGGAUGUAGGGGAAAUGAUGUGGGAGGGUAACUCAGAGAGGAGGAAGGAAGAUGAGGGAAUUGUUUGGGAGAGAGAGAGUGAAAGACAGAUUCUGUUACAGUGCGCCGACGUCCAAGGUGAUAGUUUAAUGUAGACACACAGUCGCAAAAUGAGCAGAAGUUGAACUCUGUACAGUAAACUGAAGGAGACACAAAUAACAAGGCAGUUAUGAUUUAAGGAAGGAACGAAAGACUGAGGGACCUGUCAUAAGUUAAUAAGCUGACAAAUAUUUGAAAUAAUAGAAUUUGUUUUAAUGUAGUGGUCACUUAUAUAGCUAAAGUACACAGAGCUACUUUUUAUCAGGGAGUAUGAUUUAUAAUGUAGAUAACAUACACAUCUAUUACCACUUGAUCAAUAUUUUAUAACUUGUUGGCUUUGUCACCCUGUAUUUGUAUAUGUGUUUCCAUUACAGAUAAGACAUUUAUAGACAUUAAGAAGACAAAGUCUAUAAUGAAAUUUACUGUAUGUGCCCCUGGUAUCCCUGUUGCGUUUAUAUGCUUCUCUUUGCAAAGUGAACAGAUGAGUAUCAUUGGCAUUAUUUAGAUUGCUUCAAUUAUGUAUGUUAAAUGUAUUGGAAGCACCAACUACAAACAAAAGAGGGAGUCUGUAAAAGAGCCUUUGUAGCAAGGUAACCCAAAUAACACAUUUUAUUGAAUUUCUAUUCUGUAUUUUUACACACAUUUCUUGUGUUCUCUCCCUCAGCAUAGAUUUUUUUCAAAGAAUACAUCCACAAUCUGUAAUUUUCUACGUUUUCUAAACUUGAUUUAAACAUUUUCUAAAUCAAGCUAAACCUCUAUGAAAAGCCAUUUGUAGGAGGCUCAGGUAAACACAUGGAGUCUAUUGGAUUCAUUUACCAUACCCAACCUAUCAAAACAAUGAAGGUUACUGCAUUUUGUAAAACAGAUCUCCUUGUUUGGCUGUAUUUGUUCAUUUUCCUCAACCUCAAUUGUGUCACUUCCACUUUGUACUUACAGAUCCUUGAUUUCAUUUUCUUUUACAGUCAAGUUUAUGCAGGUAGCAGUUUUAUGAUUAGAAAACAUGGUGUAAUUGUGUAAAUCUUCUUUGGAAGCAAUGUUUGAGAAUAAAAUAUACCUCUGUACACUGCCACUACUACUGAGCACUCUUAAGCUUAUAAUCCUAAUUUAUCAGGAAAUGUGUUCAGAAUAACUAUA